AUGCAGCUCAAGGUGGGCAUCGUCGGCGCCGGCGCCGUCGGCACCUAUUUCGGCGUGCGCCUCGCGGAGCUGGGCCACGACGUGCGGUUCCUGCUGAACCCCGGCGAGGCGCCGCCGAAGGCGCUCACGGUCAACUCCUGGCAGGGCGACUUCGAGCUCGACGCGCCGACCUACGCGUCGUCGCCCGGCGAGCUCGCGGCGGCGGGCGAGGCGCUCGACUGGGUGCUCGUGGGCCUCAAGUCGACGGCGCUCGACGGCGACGGCGCGGGCCAGAUGGCGAGGCUCGUCGGCCCCGCCGUCGGCGACGGCACGCGCGUCCAGCUGCUCAUGAACGGCCUCGGCGCCGAGGAGCUCGCGGCGGACGCGUUCGGCGCGUCGAAAAUCCACGGCGGCCUCGUCUACGGCGGCUUCGGCCGGCCGGCGCCGGACGCCGUGCUCCACGAGGGCAUGGCCACGGAGCUGCGGGGCGGCUCCUUCGUCGACGACCCGGCGGAGAUCGCCGCCGCGGAGCGGCUCUGGAGCCCCGCGGCCGGCGGCGUCAAGCCGCCGGGCGCGAUUGUGUACGCGCCCCAGCCGUGCCUGCGCCUCGCCCAGUGGUCCAAGCUCGCCUGGAACAUCCCCUUCAACGGCGCGACGGUGUGCUCGAACUCGAACGUGGGGACGCUCUGGCGGAGCGACGGCGGCAAGGCCGCGGCGAUCGGCCUCAUGCGCGAGGUCAUCCGCGCCGCGAACGCG